AAUCUCAAGGCCACUGAACUGGUCACAAAGUCAAACCUGUGCGAUGCAGGUCUCUUUUGUGGAGUUAAUAUGUGGAAGCUUAGAUCCUAGUCCAUGGCAUGAUGGAGUUGUUGGGGUUUGCUGGUUUGAAGUAUACUUUUAUAUCCCCUUAACUUUGUUGUGUACAACUAUCUCACUUAUUUAUUGCGCUGUCCUGUGGAGGCACUUGGCAUUUGACAGUUUUUAUUGUUCAGCCUUCUAUUUUCGAGUGGCCAUAGAUAUAGCAAUCAUUACUAGCAGCAGUGUGAUUAUUGUUCUUGGGCUUUUGCUUCCAUACUACGAGGAGGGGUUUUCAAUUAACUCUCGUUUUAUUUCAAUUCACAAUUUCAUGACAGUAAUACUCUGGAUUACUACACUAAUCCUUGAUUAUCUCCAUGGCAAAACCCUCAAAUAUUCUUCAAGGGGUUCUCGGGUUUAUCUUUCGUUUUCAAUGGUAUACUUCUUUUGCUCAGCCAUAAACUGCUGGUCUUUUAGAAGAGAAGUGGAUGCGCUGUGGAGGCCAUAUGUUACCGUUAAUUGUUAUGUUCAAUUACUCCUAUUAUGUCUGCAUUUACUUUCCAAGGUUCCAGUGUUCUAUCCCACGGAAGAGCCUAGGCGCAGAAGGGCUAGGAUCUUACGACAAAAUCCCAAUAGCAUCCAGUCAAAUGAAAUUACACAAAGACCCACUUCACAUAAUGUUAUUGAAUGUGAAGAUUCGGCUUCAUGUUUUUCAAAGUUAUGUUUUUGUUGGGCGAAUAAUCUAGUGCGUAGUGGUUAUUACGGAGAAUUGUAUUCACUCACAAGUCUACCUUUGAUCCCUAAACGUCUGAAUACAUACACUUUGGAGUCAAAAAUCCCUAAAUUAAAGUUGAAAUCUGUAACUAUCAAUGAACCAAUUAGGCAAAGUCAUAAUAUUUCUAAUGGCAGGUGUUCUAUCAAAGCUUGUGUUCCAUUUUUAAAAGCAAGUUAUGAGGCGUUCGGUCGUGAAUUCCUGUAUCUGGGUUUGCUCAAACUUUUACUCAGUGGCUUUGGUUUAUGUGGUCCAAUAGUUCUUAAUCAUUUCAUUCUAAAUGUGACAAACUCCGAAACUCCCUCAUGGUCUUGCAUCCUUGUUGGACUUGGACUAGUGCUUUUGUCAUUAAAGAUAGCAGUUCUGAGCACAUCCUAUAAUUACAAAAUGGCAAGUUUCGGCUUCAAAGUUAGAGUCAGUGUAACUGGAAUGGUUUACAGAACAAUUUUAUCCCUUAGAACUUCGUCACUUAAUUGUGUUGGAACAGGAAGUUUGGUUAAUUAUCUGACCUCUGAUGCUGAUAGAAUAGUCAAUUUCGCACCUAGUAUUCACGAAGUGUGGGCAAUGCCUCUGCAGUUAUCUGUUGCAGUCGGACUACUUUACCAUCAACUUGGACUUGCCUGUUUAGUAGGCAUUGGGUUUCUACUUGUGUUGAUUCCUCUGAACCGUAUUUUGGCAACACAAAUCGGAAAGUUUAGUCGUCGUUUGAUGGUAUUUAAGGAUACACGGAUUAAAGUGAGUGUUUUCACUCCUCAUGUGUCUUUUAAGUGUACUAAUUUUCUUUAUUGAAGUGUUCAGGUAACUAAAAACAAUUGUGUCGGUUUGAAUAUCACUUAUCUGCUUUCCUUCACGAGCGUAGUGCGUAAUUAUAAACAUUAACUAAUAAUUCACGAUUACAAAAAGCUUUUCAAGUUAUUUCGUGCUUGUUUCUUUAAAAUCUCUUAUUUUCUGUUCUGUAUAAAACUCCGGUUACCUGAAAUUUUUGAUUUCUGUUGGGGAGACAAGCCGAAAACUAUAAGUUGUAAGUUCACUUGAAAAAGGAUUUUAAAUGGCUCUCAUUCACCAAAUUUCACCAUAAUACAAAAAAUAAUAGUAUCUUGAAAUGUUUCCACUCUAUGCAUAACCGCUUCUUCUGACCAAGACUUUCGGAUAGAGUUUACUAUUAGUUAGCAACUUAUCUAGGUAACAUAUACGUUACACCAAAUAACUUUGUUUAUAUUUGGAAACAUAGCCAAGGCAACUUUUUUGUAUUCUUAAAAUAUCUUUACUUAUCAAGAAAAUAUAACUAAAAAAGGAGAUAGAGGACUUUGAACUUCUAGUUUACUGUUUUUAAUCUUGUUAUUCAUGUAACUAUUAUCCAAACCUUGUCACCACUAAUCGUUUAUCUUAAAAUUGGUUGAUGAUUCUUCCGUGAUCGCGACUCAUCUCAUUUUCUGUUAGAAUGGUAGUUAAAAGGAUUAAACCACCAAGUCACGCACUUGUUUUACAAUGAAUAAUAUUGUGAUUAGGUUCAAAAAGUAUCACACAAGGUUGUUGUUCCAUGUCUUCCGGAGUUUAAAAAAAAACAGUUUUUAUGAAAACAUGCUUUUUGUUCAAAUACCUCAAACUUAUAUUCUAUAAACGAGGUCUUCCAAAAUUAUAUUGUGUUCUUCCCAGUGGAAAACUUUAGCAACCUUUUUACUUGUUUCAUUUACCUAAACAAUUUCUCUAAACUAUUAGCAUCCAUGUUUUAGUAAAAUUAAGUUCGUUUACUUGACUAUUUUCAAUGUAUUGACCAAACUGAGCAUAUCUUUUCGUAAUAAAUACUGACUAUGUAUCUGUUCCCUGAAGUUGUAAACUGCGUAGUUAGUCGGUAUUUUUGCUGCAUUUCAAACCCAUACAUUUCUGUGUAAAAAUCUUUAGUUGUAAAUUCAAUCACUAAAGCUGGUACUUAUAUGUAAAAAAUUUCUCAAUACUCAAAUUUUCAUGCGAUCUAAUUUUGAUACUAAAUUUUACUUUGGUAAUAAACACUAUGAUUGCUUUCUUUUCGAAAAUGUAGUUGAUGUCUGAAAUUCUAUCAAAUACGCUUUCAGUGAAACUAGCAUGUUGGGAAAAUCUAAUGAAAAAUCGUGUCAUGCAUUCUCGUAUUCAGGAAUUGAACGCUCUACGUGGUCAAAAGUUGCUGGACGCUUGUUGUGUAUUCUUUUGGGCUGUGUGUCCUGCAUUGUUAGCCAGUUCAACAUUCGCAACUUAUGUGGCUAUCGGUAACGAAUUAAAAGCUUCUGAGGUAUUCUCUAGUCUUGCAUUAUUUGGAAUGUUGAUUGGUCCGAUGAAUGCUUUUCCUUGGGUUAUUAAUGGUGUUAUGGAGGCAACUAUAUCCAUGCAACGCAUUACAAAACUCUUCUAUUUAUCAUCUGGUUCGUUUCCAUUGGAAUUAACUGAUACGCCGCUUUCUGAUGUUGGAAUUCCAACAGAUAUUCCGAUUGUCUGUUCUUUUGCCGAAAAAUCUACUAUCAGCAUGCCCGUAAACAUUAUGAAUGAAUCAUUCUAUUAUACUAACUGUGAUAAUUUAGUUCUAAAAAAUAUCACUCUCCAGGUGCAAUGGGGAGAAUUAAUCGGUGUAAUUGGACCAGUUGGUUCCGGGAAAUCAUCUUUACUUUUAAGUAUAUUGGGUGAACUACGAUCGGUUGUUUCAGAAGAACUUAGAAAUGAAAGUAUGAAGACGAAUCCACGACUUCGAUAUGCUUAUGUGGGACAAACUCCUUGGCUUCAUUCUGGAACUAUACGGGAAAAUAUUUUAUUUGGUUCAGACUGUGAUUUAGCAUGGAUGAAUACUGUAAUUGAAGCGUGUGCCUUAAAAGCUGAUCUGGCUAAACUUCCGAAUGGUCUAGACACAGAUGUUGGUGAAGCUGGUGGGAGCAGUCUUAGUGGAGGUCAACGGGCUCGUGUUGCUCUUGCUCGAGCUGUUUAUCAAAAGGCCGAUGUUUAUCUUUUAGACGACCCGUUAUCUGCACUUGACGUUGAUGUUGGUCAACAAAUUAUCACCAAUUGUUUACUUGGUCUUUUAUCAGGAAGAACUAGAAUUAUCGUCACACAUCAGUUGGAUUGGUUAGUGAAUAAUAAAAUUGUAAAUAAACGUGCUCAAGUAGAUUUUAUUGUUGAAUUGAAAGAUGGAAUAAUUACUCGAAAAAUUCCAGGUAAUCUUUACCCUGACAAUGAUAAUAACGAUCUUGUGCAUCAAUCUGUUCUUGAUAUCAGCAGCGAUCCUACUUAUAAUGGGUCCACAUUAUCCAGUGAUAAUCAUCAUAACAGUCGUGAAAACAAUAGUAAUCCGACGUUGGAAAAUGAUGAUGUCCCAUUAAUUACUAUUAAAGAUGACAGCAGUAUCAAUCAAUCUGAAUUCAGUCCGAAUUAUUUAAUCAAUAAUAAUAACAAUAACAAUGUGAAUAUAAAUAUAGAACAUAUGGCAGUCGGUUCCAUUAGUCCCCACGUGUAUAAAUCAUAUAUUCAUUCUGUUGGCUACUUUUUAACAUUUUCCAUCAUUUUAUCUUUAUUGUUAAUGCAAGGUACUCGAAAUGCAUCUGAUUGGUGGUUAUCAUACUGGGUACAAAAUGGGAAUUUAUCUGCAGUAAUCUCAUCGUUUCAAGGUUCAUCUUACCAAUUAGAAUUAUCCCCGGUUAAUCAUACGAAAUAUAAAUAUAUUCACUCAACUCAUAAUUUAUCUGCAGUUAAUUACAAUUCAUCCAUUAAUGAAAUGCUUCAAACGAGCAUACAUUCCGUUGUACCGUUUAGUGAGCCUAAUUCUAUCACGGGAUAUUAUUACUUAGAGAUCUAUGCAUUUGUAGUGAUUAGUAAUCUUAUUGCUACGAUAUUUCGUGCUAUUUUAUUUGCUUUCGGCGGUCUAGUCGCUGCAUCUGUUGUUCAUGAAUCUGCUUUGGACACAAUUUUGGAGGGACGACUUAAUUACUUUAAUACUACACCACAAGGUCGUAUUCUGAAUCGUUUCUCAUCUGACGUUGGUACAGUAGAUGACGCAUUACCAUUUCAAUUAAAUAUUCUACUUGCCAGUCUAGCUGGAUUGUUGGGUGCAUUAGUUAUUGUUUGUGUAUCACUGCCAACGUUAAUUUUCUUUCUGCUACCGCUUGUAUUCAUUUUCUGGUCUAUUCAAAGGCAAUAUCGUGGAGCUGCUAGAGAUCUAAAGCGAAUUUCUAGUAUUGUUCGUUCACCUGUCUAUAAUCAUUAUACUGAUACUUUAUCUGGAUUAGCAGUAAUACAUGGUUUAGGUCAAGAAAUCCGUUUUCGACAAUUAACAGCUUGUAAAUUAUCUGAUCAAAUACGUGCUGAGUUAGCUAGCUUGGCUGCUAGUUGUUGGUUAAGUAUUAGACUACAAUUAAUUGGCAGUGCUGUGAUUACUGGUGUGAUCAUUGUAUCAUUAGUUGGUCGAUUAUUUGAUUGGACACAUGUAGCUACCAUUGGUUUGUCGGUUGUGUAUGCACUUAAUAUUUCUGGUUUAAUGACUAGUGUUGUAUAUGAUAUGACUGAAACAGAAAAAAAUCUUGUAGCUGUAGAACGUUGUCAAGAAUUAACUGAUGAUACUCCAAUCGAACACGAUAUUGUAUCAAUUAAACCCACGGGGCCUCAACCUCGUUCCUCGUCUCACAAUCACCUUCGUUUACCGAAAGAGAGGAAAAGUGGUAUUGCUUAUCCUACCGGACUACUGCCUAACUGGCCAGCAUCUGGAUCCAUUUUUUUCAACAAUGUUUCGCUUACUUACCGUCAAAACUCCCAAUCUGUUAAAGCUCUUGACGAUGUCACUUUUACUAUUAAACCCGGUGAGUGUGUUGGAAUUGUUGGCCGCACAGGAUCUGGUAAAAGUAGUCUCAUCAAAGUAUUAUUACGUCUGGUUGACCACCUCCCUGGACCUUAUACAAACCAAUAUAUAGCCAAUCAAACUGGAUUUAUAGGUGCCACCGGUCAGGUGUUUGUCGAUGGAAUAGACGUUCGCACUAUCCCUCUCACCUUACUUCGUUCUCGAAUUCUAACUAUUUGUCAGGAACCAUUUCUCUUUUCUGGGUGUUUACGGGAUAAUCUAGAUCCUGAGAAUAAACUAAAUGAUUCUGUAUUAGAAGAAGUUUUAUUGAAAUGUCAACUGGCUACAAGUCGUUUACAAGCCUCUCAGUGGCUACUUCGUGAAGUUGGUGAAUCAGGACGAGAUAUAUCUGCCGGGCAAAGGCAAUUAAUUUGUUUAGCUCGUGCUUUACUUCGUCAACCUAGGCCAAAAAUCAUUUGUUUAGAUGAAGCCACUGCUUCAGUAGACAAUAAAUGUGAAGAAACUAUUCAUCAAGUCCUUGACCAAGAAUUUCAAGGAGCCACAAUAAUACUCAUAGCCCACCGACUUGCAUCAGUUCGUCGUUUAUGCUCACGUGUCAUAGUCAUGCAGUCUGGACAAUUGAUUGCAGAAGGCCCGCCAAACGAAACUUUAGAUACUGUAUUCAAUCAUAUCGAAACGAGAGAUCUGGUCACAUUAUAAACAGUGACAUUAAUUUAUAGAUCUGAUUUGUUAGCUAACUGAAUUAUGCAUUAUUGUUUUAUUAUUUUUAAUAAUACGUAUUUGAUUUCUUUCUGAUUAACAAUGUAUUUGUGCUGAAGGUACAUAUGAGCUGAGAAAAAUUAAUUUUUUUGCCUUCGUUU